UAUAUAUAUGUUUGAAUUGUGUGUUUUGAUAUAAGUAGUUCAACAACUUAAACUCAGCGAUUGUGUUUUGAAUAUGCAGGAUACAUAUGAGGAAGAGGAUGAUGCUGCUGGUAAUGCUGGUGAAGAGGAUGAGCAUCGUGAUGUUGGUACUGGUAAAUAUGGUAUAGAGGCUGAAGAGGAUGUUGGUAUAGAGGAGGAGGCUGCUGCUAAAGAUGGUAUAGAGGAGGAGGUUGCUGAAGCUAGUAAGGACGUUGCUGGUAUAACAGCUGAUGAUGAUUAUGAUAAUGAUGAUGAUGAAGAUGAUUCCCAACCACUUCCGCCAGAGAAGAUGUGCUUAGAUAGUUCAGAAUACACCAAAGGGUGUAAAAUAGGAACUAGGUGUAAAGUGACUGAGAUAGUGAACUUGAUAGAGAAAGAGUUUAAAGAC